GCAAGCGGAGCGUCCGACUUUCCGCUGCUGCUGAUUAUGGAGUUUCCCCCUAAGAAUCCAACGCCCGUUAGUAACAGGUAUUGUUCAGUGCCUCAGUGCAACAGCAAGGCAUCAAAGGACAGAGAGGUGGCAUUUCACAACUUCCCUGGGCCUGCAGAAACGUGCAUUCGGAACGGUCAGACUGUAAACCGGCGGAACGAAUGGGUUCGCGUUUUACGGAUCGGGAAGAAGGUCUCCAAAGCUAUGCUCGUCUGUUCAAAACAUUUCAGGAAGGAGGACUACUUCUUUCCAGAUCUCCACAGCCAGAAGCGACGCUUGAAGAAGGCGGUAGUGCCUUCUGAGAAUCUGCCAGUUCUCUCAACUCAUGAUGCCAAGAAGGAACAGUUGAAGACAGAACGGAAGGAACAGCGUGAGCAGAGACUCCUCCAAAGGCAAAAGAGGCAUGAAUCCUGUCAGCCCAUGGAAAUAAUGCUCCUUCAACCUGAUUCAGUCUAAGCCUUUUCUGUCUCUACAUUUCUUCACUUCUGGCUCGAAUUCACAAUUGCUUGGUAUAACUCAGUUAGUCGCAAAUAUAUACUGUAAGUUCGUGAAUGGAA